AUGUAUAUCUUCAGCCGAUACUCGGGCCCUCAUCCAUUUGGGUCUGCCUCCAAGAAGCUGGAUAGUACUUCUUCGUUUGCCGGCACCUCUGCUCGCUCGGACGAAGAAGUAGUUCUCCUAGAUUCCAGCAUGCCCAAGAGGCGCGCAGGCAAGAAGAAAUUCAAGGAGACGAGGCAACCAUUUUAUCGCGGCAUUAGGAGGAGGAAAAAGAACAAGUGGGUCUCUGAAAUGCCCAAACCCAAUGAGAAGAAGAGGAUAUGGCUUGGGACGUACCCGAGUGCAGAGAUGGCGGCGCGGGCACAUGACGUGGCGGCUUUGGCACUUAGGGGAACCUCUACGUGUCUUAACUUGGCCGACUCGGCGUGGAGUGUGCACCGACCGGCUUCGACGGACCUGGGUGAGAUAAGAAGGCGUGGACUGGCCAGAUGA